AUGAUGGUAAUACAAUAUGCGAAAGAUGGUAGUUUAAGACAAUAUUUAAAUAAUAUAUUUAAUUCAAUAGAAUGGACUGAUAAGUUACAAAUUUUAAGAAAGAUUACAAAAGGCCUCAAUAUUAUUCAUGAAAAAGGAUUAAUCCAUCGUGAUAUUCAUUGUGGUAAUAUGUUAAAAGAUGAUAGUGAUACAUUUAUUUCUGAUUUAGGAUUAUGUCAACCAGCAAAUGUAAAAUCUUCUCAAAAUAACGAAUAUGAAAAAACAGUAUAUGGAGUAUUACCUUAUGUAGCGCCUGAAGUUUUAAGAGGAGGAAAAUAUACUCAAGAAAGUGAUAUUUAUGCAUUUGGAAUUAUUGCAUAUGAAGUCUGUACAGGGCUUCCUCCUUAUCAUGAUAUUGCUCAUGAUAAAAUCUUAGCUAUUAGUAUAUGUCAAGGGCUUAGGCCAAAAUCUAAUUAUAAAAUUCCUCAACUAAUUUUGGACAUAAUUAAACAAUGUUGGGAUGCUGAUCCUUUAAAACGACCUAAAGCAAAUGAAUUAUCUAAUUUAUUAUAUAAAUUAUAUGAUUCAAGUAAAUUUAUGAGUGUUCAUGAAAUCAAUAAGCAAAUUGAGGAAGCAGAAAGAAUUAAUGAAAAGUUUACUUCUACUUCAUUACCAUAUAAUGGUACUACUCUUUCAUAUACUACAAAUCCUCAAGCAGUUUACACGAGUAGGCUUUUAAACUUUAAAAACCUGCCAGAACCAAAAAACGCUAUUGAUAACAAAGAUGAUGAUAAUUCAUUCGGAGAAUAUUCAGGUAAUUAA